AUGUCGGAACCUAUAGUCGAGGUAUUUUUAAAUAUUUUCUUGAAUUUUCUUCCAAAAUAUCGUAAAUUAAGGAGAAAAUUUUGAGAAUGUUAUUGCAUGUUACGUGAGGGUUUUAAAGUGUUGUACUGGGCCGAAAACGUAGUUCGUGCAGCGCAUGUUUUUAUAUAUGUCAUAUCCACGAGGAAUCUGGCAAUGUCAAUUUGUUUAAAUUUUUAAUUUUUAGUGGGUUGGUUCAAGUUGCGGCAAACAUGGAGCGUACACGUUUUACAAAGGCUUCAAACUAACAGCAAAUGGUGAAACAAGAAAAUAUUUAUUGGGGGAGUUCUAUUUUAUACGCAAUUCGAAAGACAGACCUAUUUGCAUUGCUGAAUUUCAACUGUUAUGGCAUGAUGCUAAUACUGAUAAUAAACUUGCAUCAGCAAGAUUAUAUUUCCGUCCUGAAAGUAUCCCUGGUGGACGGCAAAGCUGCCAUGGAAAGGUAAAAAUUAAAGAAAAAUCGUGAGUUAAUGUAGUAUAAUUUUGAUUUCAGGUUUGAGAUAAAAUUUGAGUUAAUAAUACCCCGCGAGUUUUCAGUAAUCUGUUUACUACGCUUCAUCGAAUUCUGUUACAAGUGCUGAUUUUUACUCAUAUUCUUGAUUCGAAAACUAUUUUUUAAAACAUUUUAUUCCAUUCUAAAUUAAAUAAUAAACUAGCAAGGUAGUAGAAUUUCUAAUAGUAUUAAAUAUAUCAGUUUGUUUUGUAUUUGCCGUUAUUUUAAAAUGCGGUCUUGUUAUCUACAGUUUAUUUGUAAUCAAAUUAUUUUCGAAUUUUGCAUAAAAGCAAUUUAAGUCCCUUUGUAUGCCGAGAUUAGCAAGAGGUACCGUUUUUGCUAGACUACAGCGAUUAUAUAGUUUACGAAUUUGUCGUGUUUUAAAGAGCAAAAAUGCGACAAAUUUAUUAAGAAAUUUGAGCCAAUUUAUAUUCUGUAAUGGAAUCUCGAUCAAUUUACUGACUGGCAAUAUGCUACGACACUUUGUUUGUGCUUUGCAAUAUUAAUGUAUACAAAAAAUCUGUCGAUGUUUUUGCAAGCAAAAAACAAAUUACCCGCCAAAAAUCUAACAUGAAUCAAUUAAUCGCAAGAAGGAAUUUUUUCGUCGGUGUUCGAAAUUUUUCAAAACGAUUAGUGUAUUUUUAAAUUGCGAUUUUAAAUUUGGCUACGCGCCACCGAUUUUGCCUCGUGAAUUAAUUUCCUUUCAAAAAAAUUCCACCAAUUUCGGUUUGAAAUAAAUAAAUCCUAAAAUUUCUUUACAUGUGUAAUUUUAAAAGGCGAGAAUAAGUAAGUAAUCGUGAAUUGAAGCCGUGUGAAUGGUUUUAUAGAGUGCAGAUUUUAACUUUCGUUCUGUAAACAAUGUAUAUUGUGCCGUAUCAAAUUUGCAUUUUGACUAUUUAACAAUAAACGAAGUUUUGAAGCAUCAAAACACUUUUUAUUAUGAGAUUAUUAUCCAGACGUUUGUUUCGUCUUACUGAAGUAUUUUAUCAACAAGAAACUCGUUUUAGAUCAGUAAGAAGUAAAAUUUAUAAAAAUAUUUCUAUUUUCUUGAGAUUUGCAAUACGUUAAUUACGCAAAUCUCUUUGAUCCUUAUUUGGCAUAAUGACUUGACUUCGAUUACAUAAAAUGAUUAUAAACUAAAAGUUUGACAUUCCUAAAAAACAAUCCAGUAAGGCGGGAAAUGGUUUUCAUGGAUAUAUUAAAACGCAAAAGCAAUUCUAAAUCGCAUAAAGCUAUCUAGUUACACCGCCAACACAGUACAUCACUCUACAUUUUUGCCGGAUAUACUGUAUAAUAGGUCUCCAGCAAUUUCCUUUCUAAAAUUAGCGAUGUCAAAAGGGCUUAACCGCGAGCAAAAGAGAAAGAUUUAUAAAUGUUCAUGUUUUCUUGUCUUACAGAAUUUGAAAAUUUUAGUCAGUUUUGCGAAAUAACACGAAUUAAAGUAGGACUUUGUUUUUGGAGCGUAAUUUUGAAUUAUUUUGAGGAAAAGCAUCGUCACAGACCGUGUCAACAUUUUGGCAGGAUUAAGUUACAUUCACAGGCCACAUGUUGACAAUAAAAAAAUUAAAUAUUCGUAGUGACAGAAAUGUUAAAAUCCUUCCUUCACGAGAAUAGCAAGACAUAGUAAUAUACAUAAAAGAUGUAAAACAGUAAUGAAAAUAUCUAAAAUCCAAUAUCUUGAGAGCUCGCUGUUAAAAUUCUUUUCAAGCGAAACAUGCUUUUUAUGCAAUAUGUCAAAACUAUAAUAAAAACCGUCUUUCAAAAUCACUAUGUGUAUGAGGUGAUUUCCAUAUGUGGCCGAAUUCUUUUAAAAAUUCUUUCCUGUAAACAAUCAUUCUUUUCUUGGUUUCAAAGUUUCAGACUUCGAGAGGUUUAUUAAUGUUUUAUAACAUGAAAUACUCUUCAUAAAUCAAUUUAAUUGUGACAUUUUAAUAGACUGUCAGUAUCGGUCACUAUGUUAACGUAAAGCGUUGCAAAUGCAAUAUUUACGCCCGGAAAGUAACCAAAUAGAAUGCAUCCUUCUAUCAUUUUUUUUAUCUUUUCAAAAAUUAUUUUGGCCUUUAGAUAACAUCGACAUUUGUGCUUUAUCGUGUGGUAAAAACAAAUUUAAAACGUAUAUAGUAUAUUGCUAUUGCGGUGAAUAAUUCCAUAUAUUGACCUCUUUAGCGCCAAUAUGGAAUAGUCAGAACCGAAAUCACAAUGUUCUGUGAAUUUAAAGUUAAAACUGAUGUUUAAAAUUGUCAAAAAAAUAAUACUAGACAUAAAGAUGUGUUCUGUGUUUAAUAAUAAUUUGUUAGUCAUUGCCAAAAAAAUUAAUGAUUUCGAACGUGAUAUUUGCUGUCCGGAGUAAGCUUGAUUAUCAUGAAGGAAGUCGGCUCUUUGACUUUAAAUACUGUCCUGUGCGGUCAAAGACAAUGUUGUAGGGAGUGAAUGUGGUUUAAAAUUUUAGAAGAGAACAUUAAUAACGAUACGCUUGCAGUGUUGCGUUGCGAAUCAAUUUUUUAUCCGUAUAUGUUACAAUUCCGUCUUUUAAAAAUUGUUACAUUGGUAUUUUCGAAGGAAUUCUCAGUAUGUUGUAGCCUGUAUUCCGCCAUGUUUGUUGUAUAAACUUGUAUUAUAACAUCUGGUUUAUCUUAUCAUUACAUUAACAAAAAGCUUGGACAAUUUUCUUUGAAUUAAACGACAUGUCUUGUUAUGAACAAAUUGUUAAUUACAGAGAAUCUUUAAAGAAAGAAAUCUUUAUAACUCAACUCAUUAUUUUCGCCAGCUAUUGUCCUUAUUGCUAUUUAUGGCAUUUAUGUGCAUCAAAAAUAAUACGGGCAUGUAUUAUCUUUGGACCGCAUGCUGCUUAUGAAAAUGUCGUGUUGUUUUAUCAUGUUUUACACCGUUAAAUUUCGUGUCAAAUUUCUCUGUUUUGAGAUAUGUUUUUAUUUACUCUUGUUCAAACAUAAAGCAUUUUACUUGUAUAACUAGUGUAAUAUAUAUUUUUAUGAAACUAAGGGAUUUUCCAAAAUAUUGUUUACAUGCCCUAAAACAAAGAAUAUUAAAAUCCAAGGCACCCGACGCUUAAUUCAUAAUGUCGUUAUCAUUGGCCGAAACUAUCUCCCCUUGCUGCGAGAUUUUUUGCCCCGUCAUUUUCUUUGACUUGUUAGCCUAACUUUGUCUUGAGAAUGCCAAGGUCUGUCAAGCGUAUUAUAAAGUAUUUCCCCGUGUAGAAAAUUAUUUGAAAAUGCAGACAGAUAAUUGUAUAUAUACAGUCACGUAUCGCAAAUUGAAAUUAAAAAUGAAACCUGUACUUUUUUCCUGCCUGUUCCUGAGUUUCGAGCAUUUUCAUUUUCGCAUACUUCGCCCCCACAUAGCCACCUACUGCUUUCAAAAACCUCCUUUAUCCUAUUGUGAGCUCUGAAUAGUUGCAGUGAACAUCGAAGUGAACAUCGGGGAGUCGACGUCAAAAACGUUACCAAACGUUUUGUUUUUUAUACUCCUUUGUAGAAGUUGAUUUACCUAAAAAUCUUCACGACAGGUCUGUUUUACCCAUGCAAUGAGCCGCAAUGAAUAUGGUUAGAGCAGUGCCGCAGAGAGGUUGGCGGGGGCCCGGGGCAAAUUUUUUUAGGGGGCCCCCUUUUUGAAAAAAAAAUUUUCCGGAAAAAAUUUUUUCCGGACAACAACCUCAAAAAUUUCAAAGCCCAUCUAAUAUUACAAAAAAAUUUUCAUGACCCACCCAAUCUAAAUUGGGAAAAUACACUUUUAUAAUAAAAAAAAACUUGCAGGCAUGAACAUUGUAAAUACACACGGCACUGUAUUGACAUACAUAAUUCCACCAAGCUUGACCAACACAUUCAUCACCAAUUACGAUACUGAGAUGCUCUCCAGUUGGUUGUAUUUGCUGUGAUUUGACCACUUCUUGUUGUUGUAUAAACAAAGUACUGGCUUCAAUAGCAUCAUUUGCAUUUGAUAAUUUGGAUAGUUUUGUUUACUUUUAUUAUUAAUAUCUUUAUUUUUUGAAGUAGACAUGCAUGGGUUUUUGUUUGGUGGCCCAACCGUGGACAUACAAAAAAAUUGGCGGCCCAUCGCAACUGCCCAAAGAUUUUCCAUGGCCCAUCCCAAAUCACUCCAGCCCACCCUAGCAGUUACUUUAUGACCGGUCCCUAAGUCUAAUAAAUGUGUGAAAAUUCCACCGCACAUUGGCAUCAUCUUAGUAUUUAUACAUGAACUCAUUGUGGAUAGAGCUCGACAACUGUUUCUCUGUACUUACAGCACUGCAAUCGCAGGGCCGCGAGUUCCAUUUCUGCCAAAGGGCCACUCCAAAUUUCCAUCUACAAAUCCAUUCAGGGUCUCAGCUAGAAGACCGUGUUAACGCGGCCAAAAAUGGAAAAACACGGCAAGAUAAAACAAACGAGGCUUCAUUACUUAUGUGAAGACGUAUAGGUUCAUAAAAUAGACUGUUGCUUCUUACAAAAGGCAGCCUCUUCUCCUAUUUAUGUCGUAAGAAAGUUUGUAGAAUCUAGUUUGUUGAAUUUGGCAAAAGUGAUGCCCUGAUGUUUUUUAUGUUUAGAUGGAUAUAGGUAAUGCAUGGGAACAAUAUGGUGUUAAAAUGGCUUUCCAUUAAUGCCCCAAGGCCAAGACUAGCUAAAAACUGAUUGUAAUAACAGUCCGAAAUAUAAGCGGAUCAUCUCCUUGUGUUUGCUUGUAAAGCAUAGAACAACCACAGGCAUAGUCUAUAUAUAUUAUUGCCGAGCAUAACUGGAACCAUGCAUUUUAUAUAGUUAUUCUGUCAAAUUCUGGGUAAUUUGGGACGUAUACACAUCCAGGAAUUUUAGAAACACUCCCAAAGUCUAAAAUCCUAUCUAAGACCCUGACUCCCUUCAACAUUCCUGACUGUAGUGAAGAUUUUGAGGUAAAUCACGGUUGAUAGGGUAAAUCAGGGUUAAUAGGGGAGGUAAAUAAAAACUGAAAGAACCACAAAAGAUUUCAAUAAAAUCAAACCACACGUGUAACGCUGCAUGUUUUAAGUCUUUUUUUAUUUCGGCUUUCCGUUGCACUUCACAAAGAAUUAACAGGCGCUGUAACAAUACUUUAAGUUUGGAAGAGGUUCGAUUCGACCUAAAAAGAUUAAGUGGAAUUAGUGGAUUAAAAUGAAAGAUAAUUUUGAGUAGUAUCGUGUUUGUUUAAAGUGUUUUGUUUCAAAUGUGUUUUAAAAAGCUGAUUCACUCUGUUCGAGUUUUUCUGACCGAUUUUUGUUAUAAAUUUUGUUAUAAGAACCUCCUCACCACAACAUAUACUAUAUUUGCUCUAUCAGAGUCUAUAUCUUCAUGGUAUUGAGCACUCUCUGAUAUUUCGUGAACCAAAACGUACUAGCUUACAUUUGAUAUAUGUCAUGAUAUCUCGUCUUGGUAUCGAUAAAGAAACCUGUUGUGUCUUUGGACGAGUGUUACUGUAACAAGUUUAAGUGCAUAUCGCAGAUCACUGCUAAUGAUGUCUGUAGUAUAGAUUGCAGUAGAUUUUUACUCAAGAACUAAUUUUGUCAAACAUUCACUUCACAAUAAGGGUGUAAUUAUCUGGAAUGAGUUAAAUACUGACUUAAAAAAUUAAAAAUCCUAUUGCACAUUCAAGAAAAAAUAAAAAAACCAUUUCUUGUUGUUGCAUUCGGAAACAUAGAUUUUAUUAUAUGUAUCUUUGUCAUUAUUUGAAAUGUUGUAAAAAUUCUUAAAAUUCUUCAUCUGAUCAUCUCUUUUCUCUAUUAACUUACUUUAAGUUCUAACCAUCAAUGUAAAUAAUUAAAUACUUAUGACCUAGAGGUCUUAAUCAAAAGCCUUUGUUUGAUUUCUAGUAGACCUGUAGCCCUAUUUUUGUAAUUCUAUAUAUAUGUUUUCUUUUUUUUUGUAUGUAUGGGCGAAAACUUUAAAAAUAAAAAUAAAUACGUUUUCCAUACUAACUAUCAAAUGUGUCAAUCUGAACUUGUUGUGAAUUUCAGGAUGAGUUGCUCUACACGGAUGAAAAGGUUGUAAUAAAAUGCAAAGACAUGAUAAGCUUAGAAUACGAUGGUACAGGUUGGUCAUACGGGAUUAAGGCUAUAUCGGAACUAAAUCUCCAGGAAGUUCCAACCGCCGGAAACAGUGAUUCAGAAGAUACAAAAAAGUUUCGAUUGCUGAAACGAAAAUCAAAAUCGAAAAAGAUGAUGCCAAAAGAACGCGUAAAAAUGGUGAUUUUGAGCUUCCCGGCGUAUUGUCGGUUCAAGUCUCUUAUGAAGAAGUUAUCGAAUGGUCUGGUUUUGACAAAAGUGGCGAUCGAAGCAUUUGGUGGGAUUAUUCAAUCCAGUGAUGGUACAUGGGUGUCGUUCUCAAGAGAGUGUUUUCAUCAUCCAGGACUGGCAAAGUAUGAUAUGUUCAUGCUUAAUAAAGGUAACACAUCCUAUUCGCACGUCUAACAAUGAAUUCUAUAGCGCCAACAGGUUCAAAUAAAUGUGAAGUUAAAAGAGCCAAUAAUGAACGUCAGUCUCAGACACUGAACUCUAUAAAAAACUGGAACGAUGUUUUUCAGGGUUCGUAGCAGUCUUUGAAAUCCUUGAAAGCAGGGAUGCCGGAACCACGGGUGCAGCGGGUGCAGUUGCACCCGUUGCCUUUUGUCUUCACAACUUUACGGGUGCACUACGGGUGCAGAAUACGGGUGCAACGGGUGCACAAAGUGCCCUUUUUGCGUGAAAAAUUUUCAUUAAAAAUUGCAUUUUUUGCGCAAAGGGCAUUUUUGAAAAAUUCAAUCUAUGUUAUUUCCGGAAAAAUGUUUUAAUUUCCGGAAAAAAUAACAUUUUCCGGAAAAAUUUUCGGUAUGUCCAAAAAUAAUUUUUAGAUGCCCUUUCAUUUUCAUUAGUGCCCUUUUGUUAAGGAAUAUGCCCUCUUGUUAACCAAUUGCACCCCUUGCCCCCAGCAACUUCCGGCAUCCCUGCUUGAAAGUCUUUAAAUUUGAAUGCAGGUCUUUGAAAAGUCUUUGAAGUGUGCCGGUGAAAAAGCGAAGAAAGUCUUUAAAAGUCUUUAAAUUCUUUAGUGAUUAUUUGAUUAUACGAUUUCCUAGCUAAUAAAAUAGAUUGAUUGAAGCACGAUUUUCGCAAAUAUCGACGAAAAAGUGCAUUUUAGGAUGUGAUUUGACGGGACUAAUUACCUGGUAAAGAUGGUGCUUAUACAUCGCAAUUUUUCGACACCUGAUUGCUCUCAGAGGUCUUUGAAAAGUCUUUGACAAUAGGCAGAAAAAAUCUUUGAAAUUUUUUUUCUUGGAGACUACGAACCCUGUUUUUGAAGCCGGCGAAAAAGCCCGUCUUGUAGGUAGGCCCUAGGCCCCUGCGCGGAAAUUCACUGAAUUCAGUACAAAAAAUCGGCAUCAUUUCAUAUAGAAAUUUCAUAAUUUUUCGGUCGACUAUUUUUUAAGUCUGGCUUUAUCGUGGCCCUAACAAACUAGAGCAAGUGGUCUUUCGGAAUAAGCAAAUUUUACAAACACAAACACGAGUGAAAACAAGAAAUAAACCCGCGGAAAAACACCAGCAAACUAUAUAUGUGGGAUUUGAACUAAACAUAGAAGUAAUAUCGACUACAGUUGCAUCAAUCUUACCUUUUCAUUUAGUUUUUAGGUUUUAAGUAGGGUAUUUACCACUAUAAAUGAGCAUUUAUGUGCAAACAUUGAAAAACAUGAUGUUUUUCAAUGUUUGCACAUAAAUGCUUCAGCUCCCGUGAAGCGCACGCGAAAUACACGCGUGUUUUAUACCUACAAGAGAUCACUCUGUUGGCCGCAUCUUAUCGUUCCAGUAGUUAUAGAGUUCAGUGGUAGUUCAGUGGUCUCAGAUUUCUGUGCGGUCACUCUCAUUACUUCUAAACAAUACAACGAAACAGCACGAAUGACUGAAAAUGAUGUCUGCUGCCUUUGGUUUCACUUUUCGUUCAAUUCGACCAUUUUGUCAGUUUAAGUGUAGUAUAAUUUAGAACACCUGACUGAAAAUUCUGCGAUAUUAUAGCUCCAGUUCUCAAAGGCAGACCUCGGAAAAAGAAACUGAGUAAUAAAACUACAGCGUCAAAAGAAGAAAUCAAAGUAAAACAAAAUAAUGCGACUGUUGAACAACAAGCGUCAAACGAAGCAGAGAGUUCGGACGACAACAAUACUGACACUUCAGAGACAAGUUCAAUCCAAGAACUUCCGUGUCCUCCAAAACUUGUAUCAAGCAUAAAAGAAGAAAAACGUUCGGGUGUUAUACGAUCUGUAAAACAAGACGGCAAACCUAUAGCAAUUCCACCAGUUCCAAAGUUGGUGAAAAUUGAACAGAAAAAAACGAUUCCUUACGGCCGUUAUACCGAGUCAGGCUUAAUGUACACUGAUCAGAUAUCUGGUCAUCAGAUAGAAAAAAAUAUCCCGUCAAAAGUGUCGUAUUCUAAUUCAGUGAUUGCGAGCAGUCCGUACAGAGAUGGCGGGCAAACGAACCGCGUGACACAGACACGCGAGAAAUGUAUACGCGUGGACAAAGAUUGUCCUGCGAGUUUACCCGAGAGUGUCCACGCAUCCCUCGUGUCUCACGCGGCAACGAUCACCACAAAUCAUCACAUACAACCGCGAAUGUCAACCAUAAUGUCCACAGCACUUGCAACACAAGGAGAAGUUACACAGAACCUGGGAACGAGUGAUGGGGACGAGCCAAGAACUGAACAACCUUUGAAACGAAAACGAGGCCGACCACCUGGAAAGUCGAACAAAUGUUUAAAGUCAUCUGAGGUGAAGAUAGCUCCCAAGACUGUAGAAGAUGAUCAAGUACAGAUCAAGGUCGAGGAUGAAUAUGUGUACACAGAGACAAUGAUGGAAUGUGAAGAAUACAGUCCCGAGGUGAGUGUUUAUCCGAAACGUCGGGCAAUCCAGCAAUAGCCGCAGCGAGGCAUGUACAGCUUUUCUUGGAUUACACACGCAAAAACUCGUCAACAAGUUGUGUUCGCUCUGCUUGUCCCACGUUGUCAACAAGUUUGGAACAAGCUGUUAACAACCUGUAACAACCUUGCUGAUAUUAUCAGACUUGUUGCAAGGUUGUUCCAAUAUAAGUCACGAUAUAACAGUCACGAUAUAACAAUAUUGUUACAACCUUGUGUCGUCAACCUCGUAAUAUUCUUGUUAUAUCAUGACUGCAUCAGACUUAUUAGAGCAACCUUGUAACAGGUCUGAUAAUACCAUCAAGCUUGUUACAAGUUGUUAACAGCUUGUUCCAAACAACAACUAAGAACAAGAAAUGCGAACACAAUUUGUCGACAGCUUGUGAGCAGAUUAGUAACACCUUGUUUGCAGACCUCAAUUUUUCUUGUUUAAUCAAUUUUGUAAAACUAUUCCAUUUCAGCCACAAAAUGCAGAUGAGCGUGACUUUAUGAAGAACUUGAAAAUCUUUAUGAGAAAACGAGGCUCUCCAAUUGAGAAAAUCCCGGCCUUGGGUUUCAGGAAAAGUAUGGGAAUGUAUUUAUUAAAUGAUAGUUCGUUUAUCUGCUUACCUUCGGAGAUAUUAAAAUGAUAUCCUAAUAUAUUGGGGAGGCGGGGAUGGUUCUGGAUAUCUCGUAUCCCUUUUGUUAGUGUGGUUAUUUGGUCAAGUACCCCUAUUAUCACGAAGUCUAUGACUUCCUUUUGGCUAGUCGUUUUAGUAUCCCGUAUCCUAAAUUUUACCCUUCAGUAUCCCGUAUCCCUAUAAAUCCUUCAGGCCAAAUAUGGCCACUACAAUGUAUCUUUUAUUUCCUAUAGUCAAUCUAUUCAAGAUGUACGAAGUUACCCAGGCUUUGGGUGGAUAUGA